UCCUUGUACACUUAUUUAUCCUGUUUGUGUAUAAAAGUGGAAAAAUCAAAGUCCAUUUCUUCUGUCCCGUUCUCGGAUUCUCAGAUAACCUUUUACUGCUGCAUAGUUGUUGCUCAAAAUGGUUGAUGCAAAGUCCACAAUAGCUAAAGAUGUUACUGAACUUAUUGGGAACACGCCACUUGUAUAUCUCAACCGCGUUGUUGAUGGCUGCGUGGCUCGGGUUGCUGCCAAGUUGGAGAUGAUGGAGCCUUGCUCCAGUGUCAAAGAUAGGAUUGGAUAUAGCAUGAUUUCAGAUGCAGAGAAAAAGGGUCUGAUCACUCCGGGGGAGAGUGUCUUGAUUGAACCUACCAGUGGUAAUACUGGUAUAGGCUUGGCCUUCAUUGCUGCUGCCAAGGGUUAUAGACUUAUAAUUUGCAUGCCUGCAUCAAUGAGUCUUGAAAGAAGAACCAUUCUCCGAGCUUUUGGAGCUGAACUGGUUCUUACAGAUCCAGCUCGGGGGAUGAAAGGAGCAGUUCAGAAGGCUGAAGAGAUAAAAGCAAAAACACAUAAUUCUUACAUCCUUCAGCAAUUUGAAAACCCUGCUAACCCAAAGAUCCACUAUGAGACCACUGGUCCGGAGAUAUGGAGGGGCUCGGAUGGGAAGGUUGAUGCACUUGUCUCUGGUAUAGGGACUGGAGGUACAGUGACAGGUGCAGGGAAGUAUCUCAAAGAACAAAAUCCUAAUAUUAAGUUAUAUGGCGUUGAACCUGUUGAAAGUGCAAUUCUAUCUGGAGGAAAGCCUGGUCCACAUAAAAUCCAAGGAAUUGGGGCAGGCUUCAUCCCUGGAGUUUUGGAUGUCAAUUUGCUAGAUGAAGUCAUUCAAGUAUCAAGUGAAGAAUCUAUUGAAACUGCAAAACUGCUUGCAUUGAAAGAAGGUCUACUGGUUGGUAUAUCAUCUGGUGCCGCUGCGGCUGCUGCAAUUAAGCUUGCAAAGAGACCAGAAAAUGCUGGGAAGCUUAUUGUUGCGGUGUUCCCGAGUUUUGGGGAACGAUACCUCUCAACCGUGCUGUUCGAGUCUGUGAAACGAGAGACCGAGAAUAUGGUUUUCGAGCCAUGAGAGGUUUUAGAUUAUAUUUUCUUUCUUCAAAUGGAGAGCCAUCCAGUUGAACAUUCCCUGCAAAUAUCCCAUGAGUCAAAGAAAAGAAAGAAAGUGAACUUCAAGUGGUUCUUUUUUAGCUUUCCAUGCUUUUGCUUAUUCCUGUAGUGAUUUGAAUAAUUUGUUUCUUGAAUGGCUUCUUUCAUUAUGGUUUGCUCAGUUUUAGUGGAUAAACAUAGAUGCAACUGAGAAUAAGGUCAGUCUUUCAUGUAUUCCCUUCUGUUGAAUAAUGUAUUGAAUGAGUAGUUUCUGUGAAA